UUAUAAUGUUGGCUUUUUGAGGAAUAUUGGUUAAUUGGUUUCACUGUUUCAGUGUGUUUAUCCGUAUCCAACAUCCACUCUUUCUCAGAAUAACUCAACCCUUUAAGGAUCAUGUCACUGCCUUCAAAGUGCCUCUGUUGCAAUGUAGCCUCACUCACACUCUCAUCAUUAUCUCCUCUUCCUCCUCCUCCUGCACCUGCUGUAUGCACCUCCACUUAUUACCAUAACCCUGCCCCACUUAUCCACAAAUCUCCAUUUCAACAAGUGGACCACCUAACAACACGUGGCAAAGAAAAACCAUGGAGCAGGAGGAGGAAGAGGAGGUUGAGGCUGAGACCUCUUUCAGCAUCUGUCCCGGCUCCGCCGCCACUCGACCUCACAGAAGACAAUGUGAGACAGGUGUUGGUUGAUGCUCGCGCGGAGCUGGGACAGAUCUUUGACACUUCAGUUGGCAUCACUGGAACGGUUGAAUUGGCAGAGUUAGAUGGACCUUUCGUGAAGAUCAGCCUCAAGGGUCGCUUUUGGCACAAGCGUUCCGAUGUCGUAGCCAGAGUCGCUAAUUAUCUCAAACAGAGGAUCCCUCCUAGAACAAGAGCGAAACAUGUUCCCUAUUUGGAUUUUCAGGAGAUUUUGGAGGUUGAUAUAGAAGACGAGAAACAAUUGGAUGACAGUCCGGAGAACUUUUGAGGUUUUGCACGCAGCUAUCACACUCUUUUUAUUUUGCUUAUUCUUUAUGGAAAUUUGUUUGUAAGUUUGGUUUCGGAGAAGAGGCUCACAAACAACCCUUUAAUAAUGUAUUGUAUAAUUGUAUGAGAAUUCCUUAAAGAGAUAAAUCUUUGAAACAUCACCUUCAUUUGGCAGAGUAUUGUAGUGUUUCCAAGUAGUCCCAGUUUGAGAUUUCAAUAAUGUAAAAGGUGGUUUCGCAACUAGCUAGUUUUAGCCUCUUAUUUUAUGCAGUAGAAACUACUUAUACAUGGCACUCUAAAUGUUGUGUUAUCAGGAAGGAAUCAGUGCCGGUCUUUUGGUUGACUGAUUGUAUGAAUAUGUUUGUUUUGUUAUGGCUCCAACUUUUCUUC